AUCAAUGCAGUAGUUACUUCGGCAACAACAAUACAUUUCAACAUAUUUAUAUAUAGUCAUUGAUACACAGCCUAUAUAAGCAAAAAUAUCUAUGUCUGCCCUGAGUAGGAACGAUUUGCACCGGAUUUUCGAGGAGCUAGACAGGAAUGGGGAUGGCAUGGUAAGCUUGGAGGAGCUUAGCUGCCUCCCGGAGAGAAUUGGGGUCCAGUUUAGCCUGGAAGAACUGGAGUCUCUAGUGGGGAAGCCGAGCCUAAGCUUCGAUGAAUUCUUGUUCUUCCACGAUACCAUAAUGAAUAAUAAUGAGGAAGAAGGCGCAGAAAGUGAUCUUGUGAAGGCGUUUAAGGUGUUUGAUUUGAACGGAGAUGGAGUCAUUUCGUCGGAGGAGUUGCAGAGCGUGCUGGGAAAACUAGGAUUGUGGGAUGAAUGUAGCGGGAAAGAUUGUAGAACAAUGAUUUGCGUGUACGAUACAAAUCUUGAUGGCGUGCUGGAUUUUGAAGAAUUCAGAAACAUGAUGUUGCACACCAUGUCUUAAUUCAUUUACAUUAAUUAAUUCUACUAUUUUGCUGAUAAAAAAAAUUAAUUCUACUAUUUUGUAGUAUCAUAUGUGAUUAAAGAUGAGAGAUGUAU